CCCACUAUUUAUAGCUUUAGAUAUUAAGGUUGAACCUUGUCUAGUUUAUACCUGUCUUCGGGUUUCUCCUAAUUCAUCUUUAAUGCUCUCCCCAGAGAGAGAGAGAGAGAGAUCUUAUUCUUCAGAUAUCGGCUUAUGUUGUCUAGCUUGAAAUCAUAACAGAAGAUUCUUGGAACAAUCCCUGAGAAAUAGAGAGCAUAAUGUUAGAAGAAAUGGAAGACGAAGCAAUUCCGAACAGUUUUGGCCAAAACCCAGCUUGUGGAUCCAACCCUCCCCCUCCAAAGAAGAAGAGAAACCUCCCAGGAAACCCAGAUCCUGAGGCCGAAGUGAUCGCCCUAUCGCCCAGGACUCUGAUGGCCACCAACAGGUUCUUGUGCGAAAUAUGCGGGAAAGGGUUUCAGAGAGAUCAGAACUUGCAGCUGCACCGGCGAGGCCACAACCUGCCAUGGAAGCUCAAGCAGAGGAGCAGCAAGGAGGUCAGAAAGCGCGUUUACGUCUGCCCCGAAAGGACUUGCGUUCAUCACCAUCCUUCCAGAGCUCUGGGAGAUCUAACUGGUAUAAAGAAGCACUUCUGCAGAAAGCAUGGCGAGAGGAAGUGGAAGUGUGAUAAGUGCUCCAAGCGAUAUGCUGUGCAGUCGGACUGGAAGGCUCACUCCAAGACUUGCGGCACCAGGGAGUACAGAUGUGACUGUGGCACCAUAUUUUCCCGGAGAGAUAGCUUCAUCACUCACAGGGCCUUUUGUGACGCCUUGGCUGAAGAAACAGCUCGAAUUUCAGCAGCAGCAUCAAGCAUCAGCAACGCUACAAUGGUUAACAACAUCGCUUAUCAUAUAAUUGGAGCUCCAAUAAGCCCUGGCGCAGCACAACAGUUGUCUUCAACGUUCAAGCCGAUCCCAGAGUUUCAUCAUCAAGAAGGAAUAAUUAUGGGCAAUCAUCAUGUUCAAGAUCAGAUUCAUCACCCAGGGUCCAUGAAUUCUGCAUCUGCCUACGGCGAUCCCAUCGUUUCGAGCUCGAAUCCUCCCCCGGCAGAUUACCAGUUGAACUGGGUAUUUGGGAAUAAGCUCUCUUCCAACAUCAGCAUUAUAGAUCAAGAACUAAUAACAAGCAAUUCACUUCCUUUGAGCAAUGCUAAGGAACCUUCACAAGUUGGUUCCUUGUACAGCUCCGAAAACAAGUCUUAUCAAACACCUUAUGCCCAUAUGUCUGCCACGGCUUUACUGCAGAAAGCUGCACAAAUUGGUGCAACUUCAACUGACCCUUCAUUAUUCCUAGGGAGCCUCGGGUUUAAGUGCAGUACGAACAAGAAGCCUCAAGAAGAGAACAAUAAGCUCUGUGGACUCUUUGUAGAGGGCUUAGAAGAUGAUUUCUCAAGUUUCCAACAGUUGCAGAGCUACCCCUCAAAAAGGAGAAACACUCAGAACAGUGAAGAUAGCGCCACUAGUGGAGGACAAACAAGGGAUUUCUUGGGUGUUGGAGUUCACACUCUCUGUCAGCCAUCAUCAGUGAAUGGAUGGCUCUGAUCAUAAGCUCCGGCAACUCUAAGAAAUUCUUUUCUACUUUCAUGCCUCAUCUCUUAAAUAUAUAUCGAUACUCAAGAGUACUGUAACAAUGCUGUUCAAGUUUCAUGGGCAAGCUGCAUAUUCUUUGGAGAAAAGAAAAGUUGGGAGAAAAAGUGGGGGAUUUUAAUUAAUUAGUAAUGGGAAGCUUUGCAAAGAGGAAAAGAUGGUAUUGAGUAGUGCUUUAUGGAAGCUAAAAGUUUGGGUGCUUGGAGUCCCUUAUUAGUGGGGUGGGGACAAGAAAAGAGGCCCCUUUUGAGCUCCAUUAUUGUAAUACAACACCUUCCCUGCUCUGAUGGUUAUCUUUUAAGUCUCUAUAUGAAAGAGAAUUGCUUGAAGAGCAUCAGUUAUAUAUGUAUGCAUGGGUAUGUAUAACAAGAUUAAUUAGCUAUAUGAAAUUAGUUAUA